GGAUUGCUGAUCCAGUAUGGAAUGACAACAGAAUCCGAGGUGAGCUCCCCUCCGCUGCUACUGGUUACUGGCCCACCACGCCGCACCGCCUCCCGCGUUCAAAUUCGAACCGCCUCCCCGCCGGCUUCCCAACGGUCACCGCCUUCCUCACUCCCCCACCCGUCCUCGUUCCCUCUUCUCGCCACACGACACCCACGCCCAGACUCCAAGCACCACGCCGAUUCCCUCCGCCGCCGCUCGCCGCCUCUGCGAGUUCCACCUCCUCGCCAGUCUCCACCGCCCGCGUGCUGAGCGCGUGAGCCUCGCUCCGAUGGCGACCACCACACCCGCCCCCUGCGCCGCUCCCUCUUCGCAGCCGGUGCGCGUCGUGCUGCGCGUGCGCCCGUUCCUCCCGUCGGAGGCCAUCUCGGCCGCUACGCCCUGCGUCUCCCUCCUCGGCGGCCGCCCCGGCAGCGAGGUUACCGUCCAGCUCAAGGACCAGCACACCAGUCGGAGUGAGCACUACAAACUAGAUGCGUUCUUUGGCCAAGAGGACCACGUCAGCGAGAUAUUUGAUCGGGAGGUCGUCGCAGUGAUCCCAGGCAUAUUCGAGGGGCUCAACGCGACGGUCUUCGCCUAUGGGGCAACCGGCAGCGGCAAGACUUACACGAUGCAGGGCACGGAGGAUUUCCCGGGGCUCAUCCCCUUGGCAGUUUCAACCAUCCUGGCGCUCUGCACUGGCACAUGGUGCUCCGUGGAGGUCUCAUACUAUGAGGUGUACAUGGAACGGUGUUAUGACUUGCUGGAGCCCAAGGCAAAGGAGAUCAUGGCCUUGGAUGACAAAGAUGGUAACAUGCAGCUGAAGGGCUGUUGUUGGGUCCCGGUGCGAUCUAUGGAGGAAUUCCAGGAGCUCUAUUCCAUAGGCGUCCAGAGGAGGAAAGUUGCCCACACUGGACUCAAUGAUGUUUCCAGUAGAAGCCAUGCUGUGCUCUCUCUCAGGGUUAGUGCUGAUGUUGUGAAAGGGAAGCUUAACCUCAUAGACUUGGCUGGCAGCGAGGACAACAGAAGGACUUUCAAUGAGAGGAUCCGCCUUCAAGAAAGCGCUAAGAUAAAUCAAUCAUUGUUUGCAUUGUCCAAUGUCAUUUCAGCUCUAAACAAGAAUGAGCUCCGAAUACCCUAUAGAGAGAGUAAAUUGACCCGCAUACUACAAGACUCUCUAGGAGGCAGCAGCCGUGCUGUGAUGAUAGCAUGCCUGAAUCCUGCAGAAUACCAGGAGUCAGUCAACACAGUAAGUCUGGCUGCUCGUUCACGCCAUAUUGAAAACUAUGUAAGUUCAGCAAGCAAGCAAGAAACUCUUAAAGUAAAGGUUGACAUGGAAGCCAAAUUGCGAGCAUGGUUGGAAUCAAAGGGGAAAACAAAGAGCAUCCAAAGAAUGGAUGGUCUUUUCUCCCCAAUUUCAAGCAAGACUCCAUCAUCUAUGAGCCAUAUGAAGCAACCGGCAUCUUCCAGGAUCUCUAGUAGAGCUAAGGCAAUGGGUCAAGAUGGUGGUAAAAUCAAGAAGAUACUUUUUGAUCCGGCCAUCCGUGUUCCAGAUGAAAACUUACCAAGAGCGAGCACACAAGAUGAUCCAAAUAUGAGUAAAGCGGUGCUUCCUUCAGUAACUCCUUGCAAAGAGGACAAGUCUGAAUCUUCUCUCAGGAGAGCUCUUUCACCAAUUUCUUCAAAUAGGGUGCCUGUAAAGCAGCAGACAUCCGAGACUGGCACUUUGCCCAUUUUGUUGGAACCCAAAACCCCAAUGUGUAACUUAGUCGAGAAGAUUCCAGGUGCUACACCCCUAGAUAAAUUCAAUGCGCUAGGGUCUACCCUGAAGGAAACUCUUGUUCAUCAGUACCUUGACUUCUUAAAUUCUGCAAACAAGGAGGAGCUACAACAGCUGAAAGGAAUCGGCGCGAGGAGAGCAGAAUACAUUCUGGAGUUACGGGAGGAUUCACCAAGACCAUUCAAAUCUCUUGCAGAUUUGGAGAACAUCGGCCUCUCAUCAAAACAGAUCCAAGAUAUCGUAAGGAAGACGGCUUCUGGAAUCUUCAAAUGAUCACCAAAAUGGUUGUUGUACUGUAACAUAUAUGUUAUGCUAGUUCAUAUUGCGGACUGGAUUGUUGCGCUGCAUGAAUUGUUCAGUCUUGUGUUGGUGACUUCAGGCAAUACCCCGCUGCAGCUUUUAACUAGACCUGGGCCUUUUAACUAGACAAGGUGUGUUUCUAGUUGAACAACUAUGUAGGAGUUCCGCACUUCUGCUACUACUAGUACUUUACAUGGAGACUGCAGCGUAGACUGCAGCGUGAAGUGUGAUGAAGUUUGGUUAUCUCA